AUUAUUCUUUUCAAUUAUUUCAAUUUUCGUCAUAAAUUAAGCACUUGUGCGGUAAAAUAACUAGCAGAAUAUUUGCUGGAAGUGCUCGUGCGCUCAAAUUCGUAAAAAACUUGACAAGCAACCGUGUUGUAAACGAAUUAUCGAUAAAUUUAUUUGUGCGGAAUUUCUGCGGUAAAAAAAUGUCUGAGCCGGUCGCAAAUGGAGGUGGUGCCGCAAAGGCAAAGGGCAGCAUCGAAAAGAUGUACCAGAAAAAGUCGCAGCUGGAGCAUAUUUUGCUGCGUCCCGACACGUACAUCGGUUCUGUGGAGCAAGUGAAGGAGACGAUGUGGGUUUUUGACACCGAACAAGAACGAAUGGUUCAACGCGAAAUCACCUAUGUUCCCGGUUUGUACAAAAUCUUCGAUGAAAUUCUCGUAAAUGCCGCUGAUAACAAGCAACGUGAUGCCAAAAUGAGCACAAUCAAGGUCGAAAUCAAUCAGGAGACAAAUACCAUCUCGGUGUGGAACAAUGGCGAAGGUAUUCCCGUGGUUAUGCAUCAAGACGAGAAAAUGUACGUACCGACGAUGAUUUUCGGUCACUUGUUGACCUCAUCUAAUUACAACGACGAAGAGGAGAAAGUUACAGGUGGUCGAAACGGUUACGGUGCCAAGUUGUGUAACAUUUUCAGCGAGAAAUUCACCGUGGAAACGGCCAACAAGAAGUACAAGCGCCAAUUCAAACAAGUCUGGGCUGCCAACAUGACCAAGACUUCCGAACCGAAAAUCAAGGAUCACACCGGAGAAGAUUUUACCAAAAUUACCUUUUCACCGGAUCUGGCAAAGUUCAAAAUGACCAAGUUGGAAGAUGAUAUUGUAGCGCUCAUGUCUCGUCGUGCUUACGAUAUUGCGGCAUCAACGCGUGGCGUCUCCGUUUUCCUCAACGGCAAGAAAUUGCCCGUCAAAAACUUCAAGGACUACAUUGAUUUGUACAUCCGGAACAACAGCGACGAUUCUGGAGCGCCACUAAAAUUGUGCUACGAAAAUGUCAACGAACGAUGGGAAGUUGCCGUGACUUUGUCGGAUCGCGGUUUUCAACAAGUCUCGUUCGUCAAUUCCAUUGCAACAACGAAGGGCGGUCGGCAUGUCGAUCAUGUAGCAGAUGCGAUUGUCAAACAACUCAUCGAAGUACUGAAGAAGAAAAACAAGGGUGGCGUCAACAUCAAACCGUUCCAAGUGAAGAAUCACAUGUGGGUCUUUAUCAAUUGUCUCAUCGUCAAUCCGACCUUCGAUUCGCAGACAAAGGAGAACAUGACGUUGCAAGCGAAGAGUUUCGGCUCAAAAUGCCCCCUGUCCGAGAAGUUUAUCACGCAAGUCUCGAAAAGCGGAAUUGUCGAAUCUGUCUUGUCGUGGGCCAAGUUCAAAGCUCAAACAGAUCUCGCCAAAACGAGCGGCAGCAAGAAGAGUAAAAUCAAGGGCGUUCCAAAGUUGGAAGACGCUAACGAUGCCGGCACAAAGAAUUCCCUCAACUGUACGUUAAUUCUCACUGAGGGAGACUCAGCCAAAACUCUUGCUGUUUCUGGUUUGGGUGUCGUUGGUCGCGAUACUUACGGCGUGUUCCCGCUUCGUGGUAAGCUGCUUAAUGUUCGUGAAGCAAGUCACAAGCAAAUUUUGGAAAAUGCCGAAAUCAACGCUCUGAUCAAGAUCUUUGGCUUGCAAUACAAGAAAAAAUACUUGACAAUGGACGAUUUGAAGACACUCCGUUACGGCAGAUGCAUGAUCAUGACGGAUCAGGAUCAGGACGGUUCGCAUAUCAAAGGGCUUCUGAUCAACUUCAUUCACACAAAUUGGCCCGAAUUGCUUCGUUUGCCGUUCCUCGAGGAAUUUAUCACGCCCAUCGUAAAGGCCUCCAAGAAAGAUGUCUCGUUGUCGUUCUAUUCGUUGCCCGAAUUCGAAGAAUGGAAGGCAGAUACACCGAAUCACAACACUUAUUCUAUCAAAUACUACAAAGGUUUGGGUACUUCGACCUCAGCUGAGGCGCGCGAAUAUUUCGAAGACAUGGAUCGUCAUCGCAUCCUGUUCAAGUACGAUGGAAGUGGCGAUGAUGACGCAAUUACGAUGGCAUUCUCGAAAAAAGCCAUUGAUCAACGUAAAGAAUGGCUGACGAAACAUAUGGAGGAAGUGAAGCACCGCAAACUUGUUGGUUUGCCCGAAUUGUAUCUCUACAAGAAGGACACCAAAGCAAUUACGUACUCGGAAUUCGUUAAUCUCGAGUUGGUGUUGUUCUCCAAUUCGGAUAACGAACGUUCAAUUCCCAACUUGAUGGAUGGUCUCAAACCGGGUCAACGGAAAGUUAUGUUCACGUGUUUCAAGCGUAACGACAAACGAGAGGUCAAAGUCGCUCAAUUAGCUGGUUCCGUUGCCGAACAGUCAGCAUAUCACCACGGCGAGCAAUCUCUCUGCAGUACAAUCGUAAAUCUGGCCCAAAAUUACGUUGGUAGCAACAAUAUCAAUUUACUACAGCCCAAAGGUCAGUUUGGUACACGUCUCGCUGGCGGCAAAGAUUCCGCGUCGCCUCGUUACAUUUUCACCAUGAUGUCCCAACUUACUCGCAUCAUCUUCAACCCACUCGACGAUCCCUUGUUGACGCAACAAUUCGAAGACAACCAAAAAAUCGAGCCGGUUCACUACAUGCCCAUCAUCCCGAUGGUUUUGGUGAACGGCAGCGAAGGUAUUGGCACUGGAUGGGCCACAAAGAUCCCGAAUCACAAUCCGCGCGCCAUCAUCGAUAACUUGCGUCGCAUGCUCAAUGGCGAAGAGCCGAAACACAUGCAACCGUGGUACAAAAAUUUCCGCGGCGAAGUUCAGCACAUUUCCGACAAUCGUUAUGUCACCGUUGGUAAUUGCGCCAUUUUGGAAGGCAACAAAUUGGAAAUCUCCGAAUUGCCAAUCGGCACAUGGACUCAAAAUUACAAGGAAAAUACUUUGGAGCCACUUUUAAAUGGAUCGGAAAAAGUGAAGCCAGUUAUUUCGGAUUACAAAGAGUACAAUACUGAUACCACGAUUCGUUUCGUGAUUUCAUUCGCUCCCGGAGAAUUCGAUAAAUUGUAUGCCGAAAACGGAGGAUUCCAUCGCGUCUUCAAAUUGACGUCGUCACUUUCAUUGUCCUCGAUGUACGCAUUUGACAACAAUUGUUGCUUGCGACGUUACGAUAGCUCAAUUCAUAUCUUGAAAGAAUUUUAUCCGCUCCGUUUGCAAUACUACCAGAAACGUAAGGACUACUUGGAAGGCAUGUUGCAAGCUGAAUGCGACAAACUCUCGAAUCAAGCGCGUUUCAUUGUGGAAAAAUGCGAUCGCACGAUUGUCGUGGAGAACAAAAAACGCAAAAAUAUCGUAGAUGAGCUCAUUAAACGUGGAUACGUAGCUGAUCCCAUUGCCGAAUGGAAGAGACGCGUCAAGCAAGAUGACGAAGAGGAACAAGAGGCUGUCGAAGACGAGGGCGCCGAAGAACUCGAAGAAGAUGUCAAGCCAGGCAAGGCACCCAAGAAACCCCUCGAUCCGGAAGCGGCAUUCCAAAAACUCACCGACGUCAAGAAGUUCAACUAUCUCUUGGGCAUGUCCAUGUGGAUGUUGACGGAAGAACGCAAGAACGAGUUGCUCAAACAACGCGACCAAAAACUCGCCGAAUUGAAGGUUUUGCGAUCAAAGACGCCGAAUCAGUUGUGGCUCGAAGACUUGGAUGAGCUUUCGAAGAAACUCGAUGAGGUCGAACAAGCGGAACGCUUGGAGGAAGCUGGCAUGAGCAAGAAGAAAAAGACUGCGGUCAAGAAGGAAUCGCUCAUGGGCAAGAUGCGUCAAGCUGCCUCGAAGAAAAAGGGCGGCAAAGACGAGACGAAACCCAGCGACGACGGCAUGGAGAUACAGUACAAGGUUACUGAAGAAAUGCUGAAGAAGUUCGAGAGAGCGGAUGCGGCAAAGCUCGGCGGCACAGGACGUGUCAAGAAAGAAAAGGCGGCAGCAGUGAAACGCGAAAGUGGCGGCGGUGCGGAAGGUGAUGAAUUCGAUGAAUUUGACGCGUUGGUCGAAGCAGGCGAAAAACCAGCUGGUGCUGCGGUGAAAAAAGAAAAGGCACCCGCAAAGCCACGAGUGAAGAAAGAACCUGGCGAAAAGAAGGAACGUGUCAAGAAGGAACCGAAAUCAAAGGACGGCUUAAAACAAUCGAAAUUGGACUUUGGAAAGAAAAAGGGCAAGAAAAAGAAGGGAAGUGACGACGACGAAUCUGACUUCGAAUCUGGAUCCGACGAAUUCCGCGGAGGACGCUCAUCGCCAGUUGUUGCCCCACGAGAAAAUUCUGGACGUCGAGCUGCAUCAAAGAAAGUAAACUAUUCAUUCCUCAACGAAGGUGAACCCUCCGACGCAUCAGACUCGGAACCCGAAAUGUUCGAAAAUCGUUUGGAAGAGUCAGUGAAACAAACUAAUAUGUCGUUAGAUGACAGUGAAGAAGAUGAAUUCGAUGCAAUGGUUAAGGGCUCCCCACCAAAAGCGGCAGCGAAACAACGGAAACUUGGUCCCAAAAUUGCUACAGAUGACGACGACACUCCCGUCAAGAAACCCAAGACGACAGCUAAGCGACCAGCAAAAGCGUUAGACUCGAGCGACGGUGAAACACCGAAGAAGAAAUCCCGAGCAAAGAAAAAGAAGAACUUUGACGACAGCGACUUCAAUGACUCGGAAGACUCGGAUUUUAAUCCUUAAAGUGUAUGCCCAAACACACAGCACAGAGAGGAAGCAGUUUCAUAAGCACUAAUUUAUACGUUAUAGUAGUAGAGUACAACAUUCACCGUUAACAAUUAUAUUAAUUUUUAAAUGGAGAAAAAUGAUCAAUUUGUUAAUCAUUAAAUUAAAUUAUUUUUCCAAGCUGAAUCUUAAAAAGCAACAGACUUUGUCUAAACUUUUAAUGUAUGUUUGUCAUAUGAUAUUUACCUAUUUUUAUUACAAAUUACAUUUCUAAAUAUUAUACUCUUUA